AUGUACGAUACUCCAAGAUUAGAAACUGUUCAAUCAUUAAUUCUAUUAUCACAUGCAGAGGUUAGCGUGUCACGAUUUAAUAGCGGGUCUAUGUUUCUCGGAAUGGCUGUUCAAAUGGCCCAUGCUUUACACCUCGAGCGUGAUGAUGAUACUUUACCUUUAGAAGAGGAUGAAGAAAGACGAAGAGUGUUUUAUU